AUGCUUCGGAAUGUAUCCUUUGUCCUUUUAUUACUACUUGGAUUAGCUCGAUUUUCGAUUUUGGAUGCGAAAUCUCUCCCUUGCUCCCAAAUCCAAAAAGAUCAUGGAAUAGUUUGUCGGUGUAAUGCCACUUACUGUGACACAAUCGAGCCAUUGGGUCCUGUAACUUCUGGAAAAGCAGUCGUUUACACAACUUCGAGAAAAGGAAAACGAAUGGAGAGGAGCGAAUUGAAGCAUUCAACUUCUUCAACUGCCAAAACAAAAGUCUAUGUGAAUGGCACUUCAACCUUCCAACAAAUCCUUGGAUUCGGAGCUGCAUUCACGGAUGCUGCCGGAAUUAACAUGAAGAUGUUGCCUCAGACUAUGCAGGAUCAAAUCAUCGAACAAUACUUUUCUGAUGACGGUCUUGGAUACGUGUUCGGUCGUGUACCGAUGGCUUCCUGUGACUUCUCAACUCAUGAAUACAGUUAUGACGACACUCCGUUCGACUUCCAGCUCACCAAUUUCAGUUUAACUAUGGAAGACACGACCUACAAGAUUCCUUUCAUCAAGAAAGCAAUGACAGCUUCUGGAGGAAAACUGAAACUGUUCGCUACUCCAUGGAGCUCUCCCGCGUGGAUGAAGACGUCAGGAAGAAUGAUCGGAGCUGGAGAAUUAAUUGGAGAUCAAAAUGGAAAAUACUAUCAGACAUGGGCACAGUAUUUUGUGAAAUUCUUCGAAGCCUAUCACGCGCAGGGAAUAGAUUUCUGGUCACUCACUCCUCAGAAUGAGCCGACGACUGGAAUUGAUCCACUCUGGAAAUGGCAAACAUUGUUUUUCGAUGCUUCUAUGGAACGAAAUUUCAUCAAAAAAUUGCUGGGACCCGCUCUAGCUGCAUCUCCAGUUACUAAAAACUUGAAGAUUAUGAUUAAUGAUGAUCAGAGAAUCAACUUACCUCAUUGGCCGAAAGUUAUUCUGUCCGAUCCGAACGCAGCUCAAUACGUCCAUGGAAUUGCUCUCCAUUGGUACGAAGACUUCAUAGACCCCGCUACCGUAGUCGCCGAGACUCACGACCUCUUCCCUGACUACUUUAUCUUAGCAACUGAAGCAUGUGCUGGAUAUUUCCCAGCUGACGGUCCAAAACUUGGAUCGUGGUCAAGAGCUGAACAAUACGCAAAUGAUUUGAUUAAGGAUAUUGGAAACUGGGUCGGCGGAUGGGUUGAUUGGAAUUAUAUGUUGGAUUUGGAAGGCGGACCAAAUCUUGUCAAAAACUUUGUCGACGCUACAUUAAUCGUAAAUGCCACUGCCCAAGAGUACUACAAACAACCAAUCUGGCAUGUAGUGGCACAAUUCAGCAAGUUCAUCAAACCAGGAAGUACAAGAAUCGGAACAACAAUCAUUGAGAAAUCAGUUGAUGUGGAAGGAUUAUCUUUCUUGAAUGCAGAUGGAACCAAGACUGUUGUUCUUUUGAAUAAAAACGAGGUGCUGGAUUUCGAAGUGGCUAUCAGCGACAUAAGUGCUCCAAACGUCAUUUACGACCUGACAAUUCAGGCAAACUCACUGGUUACUGUCGUGUAUAAAUAA